GAAGAGGAUACAAGAGGAGAAAGUUGUGAGUCUUUGUGUUUAUGAACUGAGUUUAGAAGGGCUUCUAACAUUUAACCCGCGACCCCACCCACCUCCAUGCUGAUGUCUCCAAGGCUGUGACUCCACUUUAGUUGGGGAGUCUUGGCUCUGAGUGCCUGUUCUGAUAUUCACUUUGUUCUUUAUCUAGGGCUAUACUCUGCGCCCACACCUCCAGCAAAGACCAAACAAAGACACACUUUCCCCCUAUGCUUCUCCUUUGUCUUUAGACUGUUUUUUCUGGGGCAGGAUGACUCAUUUCUGUGGUGCGCCCUCCAGCUGUGCAGUGUGAGAGCCUGGGCUGCUGGGCUGCAGGCCCAGGAGGUCAAAGGCUGAGGGAGAUAAGGCCCAAGCUCCCACCCUCCCCAAGCACGGAGGGGACAGAAGAGGGGACCAUGCUGAGUUCUGUGUCAGGUCUGUGGUUGUGGCAGGGCUGAACUUGGCACAUCUGUGAGUCUGUACAGCAGCCUAUCCUGCGGCCCCCCUGUGUCCCUGCCUGGCCCUACUUGCUGAGGAAGAGCCAUUCCCUCAGGGAGGGCAGGGGUUGAGUGUGGCAAGACUUCGCUCUGCAGUCGCCCAGCAUCUGCAGUCCUGCUCCAUGUAGGUGGACCUGGAGUUCUCAGUGAAAUAGUAACUUGGUGUCCAGAAAAAAGACUCGCAGGGUCCUGUGGGGUAGUGAAUGGGUGGACUAGAAAUGGGUGGUUUGACAGGCAAGAUGGAAAAGAGGACUUCACUGUCCACUGAUGUUCAUUUACUCGUUUGUGUAAUGAAUUAAUGCAGACUUCCUUCCAAAGUUCUGGGUAAGCAGAGCCCUCUCUGUUCCUGGCUGACCUAGGACUGGCUGCAAACAGAGAACCAUGAGGGAGAAAAGGAAGAGUAAGUUUAAGAUCUGUUUUAAAAGGUUAUAAGUAAGGAGUAAAAUUAAAAAGGGGGAUUUAAGCAGAAUUUUUGGAAAGGAGGAAUUUGAGGAAAGCUGAGAAAGAGAAGAUCUGGAAAAUUUGCUGUGAUCAGAAGAUUCCACCAUAAGGCUCCUGUUCUAGAUGGCCUCCACCACCCACUUCCUUUCCUCUGGAACUACUUGAAGCCGGAGAGUUGGUGGCACAGCUGUCCCGAGUGAGAGAAGGCUCCAGAGUGCCCGGUGCCUCUGCCCAGGAGGAGGUCCUGGGCAUGUGAAGGGAAAACGCGGGCCCAGAAGUGCCCUCUGUCCCCUUGCCAGGUGAAGGGUAGGGAGGGGGCCAGAUCUUGGGUGUGUCCCAACUCCUGCUGGCCCCUGCUGGCCUCUCCCUCUCUUGGGCCUGUCACUAGCAGCCCAGAAAAAUCAGCCGGGCAGAACCAUCUCCCACCUCACCUACCCUUUCAGGUUGCAUCCUGGCCCCGAGGGAACUUUUGGCCUUGUGAAGGGCCUGAGUGGCACUUCCAAAAGGAACACUCUUCACAGACACAGAGGGCAGAUGGCCUGGAGCGGAGGCUGGGGGAAGGGUGAGAACCAGCUGUUGUGACUGAAGAGAAAUGAGUCAGGGGAAGAAAGGAUGCAAGUGAGAAGCCUGCAGACCACAGCCCAACACCCAAUCAACAAACCUACUUUCAGCCACUGAGGGCAGGGUGGCUGGAAACUGGGAAUGUGGGGGCCAGGAGGAUCUGAGUCUUUGACCAAAAACCCGAUGCUGCUUCUACUUUGGCAAAUCUGCAUUUUGCUGGCUCUGUCAGGACACAUUCUGAUGGGUCAGUGGGAGGGGGCUGGAGUGGAGGGAGUGAGCCUUUGUGGGAAAGGCAGCAACUCCGAAGUGGCCCCAUCCGAGAAGAGUGUGAGCGGAGCAGGCUGAGAAGAGUGGCCAGUGAUGGCCAUGCCCACUGUGAAGUCCCUGAAGCGUUCUCUGAAAAAUCAGGGGAUGUCCAGCUGCAUCUAGCCAACCCCAGGGUGGGAAUUCCCUACCAGGAAACCAGGCCUGUGUCCCUGGGCUGCCAAAAAAGUGCCAGGGAUAGUCUUGCCCUUCAGCUCACAGAAAUCCUGGGCAAAAUGAUCGUCCAGCAGCCAAAGCACCCAUCAGAAGAGUGGAUAAGCGAGGCGAGGUCUACCCAGAAAGCAGACACCUUUCGCCACCCCACUUCAACAUGGGGACUCCUCAGGGCACCAUGCUCAGUGAAGUAACCAGGCCCAAAGUGCAAACACUGCAGGCACCCACUUGUGUUACAUGUGCAAGCUGUCAGAGUCGCAGAGACUGGUAGGAGAAGGCGGUCACCAGGGCUGCAGAGGAAAGCUGUUCUCCAGUGGCUGCAGAAACCUGGCUCAGGAUGGUGAUGCCCUGGGAUGGCUGGUGGUGACAGCUGCGUGACAACGUGCAUGUCCUUAACUCCACUGCACUGCACACUCAAACAUGAGUAAGAGCUGAAGGACGCUGAGAAAAUGAGAAUGAGGCAAGAGCUCCUAUGUGUGCUGCUGCUUUGUGGAGCCAUCUCUACCCUACCCAGCCAGAAAACCCACACCCGCUUCAGGAGAGGUGCCAGGUCCUACAGAGUGACCUGCAGGGAUGAGAAGACUCAGAUGACUUACCAGCAGCACGAAUCAUGGCUGCGCCCCCUGCUCAGAGGCAACCGGGUAGAAUUCUGCUGGUGUAAUGGUGGCAGGCCACAGUGCCACUCGGUGCCUGUCAAGGGCUGCAGCGAGCCCAGGUGUUUCAACGGGGGAACCUGCCGGCAGGCCCUGUACUUCUCAGACUUUGUCUGCCAGUGCCCUGAAGGGUUUAUGGGGAAACGCUGUGAAAUAGAUGCCAGAGCCACAUGCUACAAGGACCAGGGCAUCUCCUACAGGGGCACGUGGAGCACAGCACAGAGCGGGGCUGAGUGUGUCAACUGGAACAGCAGCGUGCUGGCCCUGAAGCCCUACAGUGCUCGGAGGCCAGGCGCCAUCAAGCUGGGCCUUGGGAACCACAACUACUGCAGAAACCCAGACAAAGACUCAAAGCCCUGGUGCUAUGUCUUUAAGGCAGGAAAGUACACCUCAGAGUUCUGCAGCACGCCAGCCUGCUCCAAGGGAAAGAAUGAGGACUGCUACUUUCGAAACGGGUCAGCAUACCGUGGCACCCAGAGCCUUACCAUGUCUGGUGCCUCCUGCCUCCCAUGGGACUCUGUGAUCCUGAGGGGCAGGGGUUACACUGCAUGGAGGUUCAACUCCCAGGCUCUGGGCUUGGGCAGACACAAUUAUUGCCGGAACCCAGAUGGGGAUGCCAAGCCCUGGUGCCAUGUGCUGAAGGACCGCAAGCUGACCUGGGAAUACUGUGAUCUGCCCCAGUGCUCCACCUGUGGCCUUCGCCAGUACCAGCAGCCACAGUUCCGCAUUAAAGGUGGACUCUACUCAGACAUCGCCUCGCAUCCCUGGCAGGCUGCCAUCUUCAUUGGGAACAAGAGGUUGCAGGAAGACAGGUUUCUGUGUGGGGGAGUGCUCAUCAGUUCCUGCUGGGUCCUGUCAGCUGCCCACUGCUUCCUGGAAAGGUAUUCCCCUCACCUCCUUAAGGUGGUCCUGGGCAGGACAUACCGGGAGGUCCCUGGAGAAGAAGAGCAGAAAUUUGAAGUAGAAAAAUAUAUCCUCCAUAAGGACUUUCAUGAGGACACUUACGACAAUGACAUCGCCCUGCUGCACCUGAGGUCAGACUCGCUGCACUGUGCCCAGGAGAGUGCCACAGUCCGCACAGCCUGUCUUCCUGCCGCCGACCUGCAGCUGCCCGACUGGACAGAGUGCGAGCUGUCUGGCUAUGGCAAGCACGAGGCAUCCUCUCCUUUCUAUUCUGAGCAACUGAAGGAGGCUCAUGUCAGACUGUACCCGUCCAGCCACUGCACAUCACAACACCUGUUUAAUAAAACUGUUACACACAACAUGCUGUGUGCUGGAGACACUCGGAGUGGAGGGAACCAAGCAAACCUACACGAUGCUUGCCAGGGUGACUCAGGAGGGCCCUUGGUAUGCAUGAAGGAUAAGCGCAUGACUCUGGUUGGCAUCAUCAGCUGGGGCAUCGGCUGUGGGCAGAAGGAUGUUCCGGGUGUAUAUACCAAGGUCACUAACUACCUCACGUGGAUUCAAGACAAUAUGCAGCCAUGACCAAGAACACCCCAUUCCUGAACUCCAAGGAGAUCCUGCCUUCCUCCUCUUUAAGAAGACGCUGCAAACACAAUGUGCUUCUUUAUGCCAGUUUCUCAACAACCCACCACCCCAUGCAGCGGGGAGAAUCAAUAGGCAAGAACAAAGUAUAUCUUUUCUUUGGAAGGUUUUAGGGGUUGAGGUCUGCCUUGAGAAUGUAUUGUGUCAGGUGAGAAAACAGGUAAAUAAAUGCCAAUCUUUGCCAGGUUCUGCAGGCAGAGCUCGGGAGCUGAGACCUCAGAGGAAUGCAGAUCUCAACAGUAAGAAAUAAGCAGACCCUUCAGGACAGGAAGAUUGACUUAGAACUAGAAUGUGUAUUUAUGGUUACAGGAGAGCCUGUAACAGGUACAGGAGGCCUUCAAACAAAAUUGGCUGGCUGGCCAGAUCAUGUUCCCCAAACCACCUUGGAAUCAAGUAUUUUCCUUCCCCUUUCCACUCCACAGCUCUAGAGAGGUAUUCCUUAUAUGUACAUUAGAAAUCUUUUUUCUUUAUAGAAUUUAUAAAAUGGGAGAAUUAUAUCAUUUUAAUAAUUAAUGAGCUAGGCUUUAGCAUAUUUAUAUUGAUCCAUUUUAGAUUUUACUUUCUGUUGCCACGACUUUGUAUUAUACUGUACUUAAAUAAUAAAUUCAGAUAUAUUUUUCA